AUGAAUACUAAUCUGAGGGCAGAAAAGUACCCUUAUGAAGACGUCAAUGACAUCACAGACUGCAGCACGCAGCGCGGCGCUUCCUUGGAGAGUCUGCGUGUGGACGCCCCUGGCUCCUCCCACAUGUCAACUCACAGCGGGGAGCUGCGCAUCCUGAGCGUUUACGGACAAGGGGAGGGCCCACUGGCGGUGGACGUCCAUGACACCCUUUUUGCCGCGUCAGAACUGGAGGCCUUGAGCUCGCUGUCCGCUGACCACAGCGUGGCCAAGAGCCUGAACUGCAGCGUACGGCUAGUCCGCUUUGAGGAGCUGACUGGGCAUCAGGGCGGCUGCAAGGGCCGGCCCGGUGUCUUGUGUGGAAAGGUUAUUCCCAACAAUGCCAAUAUGAUCGUCCACAUGAGGACUCACUCCGGGGAGAAGCCCUACAAGUGUGACCAAUGCACAAAGCGCUUCAGUGAUAGCUACGCCCUGAAGAUCCACAUGAGAACUCACUCUGGGGAGAAGCCCUACAAGUGUGACCAAUGCAUCAAGCGCUACAAUCACAAAGGCAACCUGAACAUCCACAUGAGGAUUCACUCCGGGGAGAAGCCCUACAGGUGUGACCAAUGCACGAAGCGCUACAGUCACAGCUCCAACUUCAAGAUCCACAUGAGGACCCACACCGGCGAGAAGCCCUACAGGUGUGACCAAUGCACGAAGCGCUUCGGCCAGAGCUCGUCCCUGAGGAGCCACAUGAAGACUCACACGGGGGAAAAGCCCUACAGUUGCGACCAUUGCACAAAGCGCUUCGCUCAGCAUGGCAACCUGAACGUCCACAUGAAGACUCACACCGGCGAGAAGUUUAAUUUCUAAUGCGAGGCUAGUUUUAUUUCUAACAUUAUGAGAAUCAGGCCCUUUGUCCAAAAUUCCGAACUACCCCUUUUAAAGGGAUGCUUUGACACCUGUAUCCAGGUGCUGCUUUUUUUUUCAUCAUGAUUAAACGCUUUCCAACUUUUGAUUCGCCAUGUUUUUAUUUUUGAGAAAUGAUGUCAGUGUGAUGACGAAUGACUUAGUUCUAGGACACUUCUGACUGCAAAACAAAGUACUGCAUUAUAAACACACAGCCAUUGCUUUCAUGAGCGUGAGAAGGGAAGA